UCAUAAAAAACAGAUUCGAUUAUCGUUUCAACUCAUUCAGAUUUAAAACAUCAGUAGAGUUUUAUACUGCAAACUGUUUUAUUUACAAUUUUGAUUUUCUUAUAUGAAAGUACAAAAAUAUGGCCACGUUCAGAAUACACCAAGAUAGCGCAAUUAAAGAUGCCAUUUCAAAAAAGGAAAACAUUUCGAAAAUCCCGAAAAAAUUUAUACAGAAUGGCAAGAGGACCGCGUUGAAUUGUUUCACUAAUGGCGUGAGGCAAGAUUGCAAAAGAAUAAAGAUUAUUUCGAAUAAGGAAAAUGUACCUCCUCCUCAGACAAAGCCCAUACCUAAGAUAGAAGAGAAGCCGAAACUUGUGAUUGACACUGAUUUGUUGAAAAUUGUUGCUGGUGGAAGUAAGACCAGCGAUGACAAGGACCAAGAGGCUCUCCCUUUGCUCAAGGCUUUGAAGUGUUCAAUUGAAUAUUCUGAGGAGAUUCUGAAAUGUUUGAAAGAACAAGAAAGCGAAGCUCUCCCUCGUGCGGAUUACAUGGAAAAACAGCCUCACAUCACUUGGACCAUGAGGAGUGUGCUGGUGGAUUGGCUUGCGUGCGUAGCCGACGAAUACAACCUGAGCGAGGACACCCUGUAUCUGGCGGUGAACUAUAUCGAUAGAUUUUUGAGCAAAAUUUCUGUUAUCCGGGAGAAACUGCAGCUAGUAGGCGCUUCUGCCAUGUUGAUAGCGGGGAAAAUGGAGGAAAUCUACCCUCCGAUGCCGAAAGAAUGGGCCUUUCUAACCAGCGACAGCUACACGACCAGGCAAGUGAUCAAGAUGGAGCAGCUCAUCAUCAAAGUGCUCGAUUUCAAGCUGGUGUCGCCCACCUCUUACAUGUUCGUCCGAAAGUUCUGCGAGGAUCACAAGUUCGAUAAGAUCACCACUAAUCUCGCCAUGUACCUGACCGAACUGGUCCUUCUCGAGGGCGACCAUUACCUGAACUUCAAACCGUCGGAGAUAGCAGCAGCGUCGAUCCUCUCCGCCCGUUUCAACCUGAUGAAGCCGGUCCUGUGGCCCAAGGACAUCGAGAAAUCCAGCGGUUACACCAUCAAGCACCUGAGCCCGAUCGUGAAGGCCCAGAGCGCCACCCUGAAGGACUCCCCGCACAAGGCCCAGCAGACCAUCCAGGAGAAGUACAAGGGCCAGAAGUUUAGCAGGGUGGCCCUGCUGAAACCCAGGGUCCUCAAGAUGGACUGCCUGUCCCCCGACCUCGUCGACGACGGGUUCGAUGAAAUUGAAGACGACAGGCCCAAGAAGGAUUUCGGUGCGAUUGGAGACUCGAGGAAGUAAGGAUUUUUUUUUUAAUCAAGGUGGAGGUUUGAUUGGGGUUCUAGGGGAUUCUGGACGCGUUUCCAGAGCGUCUUUACAUCGUCGUAACAGCGCAAAAAGGCGACAAUUGUUCCUGUCCAGUUUCUCACAAAGGUUCGAGAAGGGUUAAGCUACAGGGUGUUCUUAAGUUCGACUAUACCUAAACGAACUUGUGUGCAUAUUGAACAAUUCGCAGGUUCCCAAGUUGCUGUGUCUGUUCUGUCGUUUUCGUGAUCGGAAUGUAAUCCGCGUGAUUUUAGAUAAGUCACCGUAGGUAAAUCAUUAUAUUAUUGCUAAUAGUCAGGUUGAAAUUUGAAAUCGAUUCUAUUUUGUGUAUUCACCGAAGGAAAGCGAAUCUGUAUGAUAUUUUUACAUAUGACUUAUAUACUUCUGUUUCCUAUAUGUAUAUGUAUUUAUUUCGUUUUCUUUCUAUAUGAACUCUUAUUAUUGUAAAGCACUUUUGCUUUGAUUUUUAUUGCGACUAAUGUAUUUCGAAUAACGUAUAGAGAUGAUAUUUUUCGAGGGAUGAUCAGUCCGAUGGUGAUUAUUGUCGUGUUUAAGAUGAAGAAUGUUUUUUAUAUGAUUUUGAGUGGUAACAUUUAUACAUUUCGGAUAAUAAAAAAAAUAUAGAUGAACCUAAUAACGGCCUUUAUGUGUGUUCUUGAAUUGAUGAGUCUGUUAUGUUUUUAUCGUGUGGAUUUGAGAUAUAUAUUUGUUGUUUGUUUAAGAAUAAAACCCUGUGGAGUUGA